UCACACAAGGACCACAAAGGCUAGCUAACUAGCAUUAAUAAUCAAACACAAGUAGUGACACCCAUAUGUAGUUAUGUUUUCAUCUUUUCCUCUUGUCUAAAGCAAGGCAAUGUCAAAUGGGUUAUCCAUCAAUAAUGUUUGAACUUUGAACAUCACAAAAAAGAGGAAAAUGGAUUCUUCCAUUACAUAUCUUUUUUUCUUCUAUAUGUACCUUAUAGCUUGGACCCAUAUUGGAGGUGUAUGGAUCCCCUCAUAACCUUGCCUAUGAUUACAUCUCAAGUUUUGGCUCAAUGUAAUUCCAACCAAGUAAAACAACCCCAAAACGACAUAGCCAUGAAAAAGGUGGCAACCUAAAUCACAUAAAAGAACAAGCUUUAGUUAACAUUCCCCACUUUUUGUUGGAUUAAUCAGGAGUCCCAAGUAACCUUUUAAGCAUAAUCAGCACAUCACCACAAGUUUCAGUAAUCAAAUAGUAAUUGAGUUGAAAGUUUCAACUAAUUAUUAUCAAUAUUGUGAUCAUGAUUAGCUCUCGUUUAUGUCUUAGUGACAAUGACGGGCUACAAAACCUAAUUAACUUCCUUGAUCUUCAUUUUCCCUAACCCUAGCUAGAAUUUUCUUGUGAAUGCCAGUUUACCUAAUCCUUUAUCCUUCCUCUUUGUUUAAGAGGUAUGAAACUCUAGCUGGCUAGCUGUACAGCGAGCUUUGGACAUCAACAAUGAAUUUCAACGAUGCAAGUAGAAGCCACCAAUAGAGUUUGUUGAAUGUUUAGUACACAUGGUGAUUAAAAUUAUAGCCACUAAUGGGUUUUCCUUUUAGAGUGAAAGGCUGCUUACCCCUUCGAACUAUAUGGUGGAUUCAUAUCGAACAUUUUUAAAACUAUAAAGACGAAAAAUCAAGUAAAGUAUAUAUUAAUGCGAUUUAGACUAUUAAGAUACCCAGAUAACAUAAAUGAAUCAACUUAUGAGUAUGCAAUUUUACUUUUGGUUUGAUCACAAAAAAAAAAAAAAAAAAAGAGGAAAUAACAGAGAGCCAUGACUCAUGUUGGCAUGGGUGUUUGGUUUGAUUAAACAAAUGAAACUAGAAAAAGGUUUACCAUGUGGAGGUUGGAAAAACCUUGGUAGCCUUUUUUAGGGGAGUGGUUGGAUCACAAGUCAUAAAAGAGGUUGAACAUAUAUAUACAGAUAGAUGUUUAAAAAAAACAACAAUAGAAGAUAAUGAUAUCAUUAACAAUUAAUUAGUCCAUUUUGGAAAAGCCAAAAAGAUAAGUAAUCUCUUCUUCCCCACAUGUCUUUUUCUUGAUCCUACUUGGAAUUCCAUUCCCAUGAUUCCAUGAUAAUACCCUUCUUCUCUUAGACUUCUUAAAAUUCCAAGAAACCCCCGCAAAACUAUGAAAGAAAUAAUGUACCUUCUCCUUGGAUUUACAUGCUAAAGCUAGGUGUAUAUAUAUAACACAAGGAGAAGAAUAAAUCACAAAAAUCUUGGUCCCUAAACACAGUUGGAUAACCCACCACCAUCAAUUUCUUACAAAGCGUGCCCUCCUCACCUCACAAAUAGAAUGGAGAAAGCCAGCCUAGAGAUUGAAGACAAAUGAAAAUGUUUUGGAAGGACCUAUGUACUAUGAAACCUAUGUGAGAGCGUUAGAAUCCCACAAAAAAAGCCAGCUGCUAAGUGUUUGUUUGUGCUCAUGUUCGAUUGUGUUCAGAGAGUUUCAUAGUGCUAAGAUAUGACUUGAUUUCAACUAAACAAGUAGUUGUAAUAUAAUUGGAUGUUUUGGUUUCUCCCAUAUGUGUUUUGCUAUUAUUAUCGUCUGAUGAGGCCAAAAUUGAAUUGAACUUAUCGUUAUACUUAUAAGUAUGUAGAAUUUAUCAAUUUCCCUCAACUAAAUUAUAGCAAGAUAAAAGUUCACAUCACCAAUAAAUGUUGGUUUCCAAGGGUGUCUUGACAAGUCAUGGCAAGGUGUGGAUUGGUUGUUUGAAUGGAACCAAAGAAGUGGGCAACCCACUAAGAUGAAGUAGUAGUUAUGUGUGAUGAUUGUAGAUGGUAAGCAAUAGUGUUAUGGGGUAUGAAUGAGUAGGAGUAUACUAUUAGAGAAUAAUAAUUAAUUAUGGUAUAAUAGCCACAACCAAUGGAGAAAAGAAAUUUGGGGUUUUUGCCUUUUUGGUGUAUUUGUGGGUAGGAAGGAAGUGGAGUGGUGGGUUGCUGGUUGGACUAGAAUCAUCUUCCUCAUGAUUUCAUCUUUCAAGUACCUAAGCAAUCAUACCUACAAUGGCACCACCCAUUAUCCUCUUCUUUCCUUUUAUUGUACAAAAUAUUAAGUAGUAGUAGAUAUAAGGUAUCAAGGAAUGAUGAGUAGAGAACAUGUGGUUUGUUUGAUAAUGAGCUUCUCAACUUUAAAGAUGGUUUGUUCAAUUGUGAUGAAAUAUAUAUGGUUAUCACAAAGAUAUUGAAAAUUAGGCGAGAAACUAUUCGAACUUAUUGAAAGUUUUGUGUUCCAGAUUUAGAAGUAUUGUUAUCUUUGAUUCGUGAAACUUUAUUUUUAAAGGACGACAAUUUCAACCCAUGUUUACUUGUCUCGCUUGAUUAAUUUGACGAUUUGAUUUGUCUUGCAGAUAGGCAUGACUUGAGAUAUAUCAUACAUGUAUCUCCUCUGAUUGCAUGACCUACAUUGUUUUGAACAUUUACACAUAACCUUCCACAUAACAUACAUGUAUCUCCUCUGAUUGCAUGACCUGCAUUAUUUUGAACAUUUACACAUAACCUUCCACAUAACAAUAUAACGCUUGAGUCUUGAAAUACCAAAUCCACAAGUAUUGUCGUUCUUGUAUCCAUUACUAUGAAUUAUGAUAUUAAAAAACUCUAAAUGAAACUAGUUAGCUCUAGGGGAAAUAAAGUACAACCGGUGGUAAUCUACCACUUGCAUGGCCUAUCACAUUCAAAAUUCCACAUUAGAGUAAGCUCUCUAUUUCUUUUAGUAUUACUCACAAAAAGUUUCUCAUUUGUGUUGGCUAUUCUGGGAAGCCAAUGGGCAAUUUGGUAAAACAACAGAAACCUCCUCUCAUCCUUUGCUUACAUCCAAAUCCAAUUAGGCAAAGAAACCACAACUUGGAACUGUCUCUCACUCUCUAUCUCCUCUAUCUCUAUUCUACACACUCGAGAGAUUCACAUGCCAACAUUCCUCUCCCUUCCAUUUGACUCACAGACAAAAGAAAGAAAAACAAAAGCUUCAUUGGAUUACAGACCUUCUCUUCUCUUGUUCACCUCCUUAUAUACAAUCCAACAACUGUGAACCCAUUUCUUGAUAAACCCAAAAACCAUUAGAGCCAUUGGAUUGUUGUUCUCGUUAUCCCUUUCGGCUUCUCAAGCUACCAUAUGCUCCAACACAAUAGUACUCUGUUUCUCCUUUCAUGGCGUCCACCGUUCUUUCUUCCACCCAUCAAAUCUUCGACGACCACCACAACAGCAGCAACGGCGGUGGAGGAGGGGAAAUCAGCAGACAGGAAAUCCAAGCCGCCAUUGCUAAAGCAGUGGAGCUUCGAGCUCUUCAUGCCGCUUUGAUUCAAGGAACUACUACUGCUAGCAGCCCUUCUUCUUCUGCUGCUGCUGCUGCAAAUCUCAGAUACCUUCCUCCUCCUUCUUCUUCUCCUGCUUCUUCCCGCCCUCUUCCUCAGUUCUCAGCGCAAGAUUAUCCCGUCUUCACUCCGAGCUACGAGGAUGAGCCAUUUCCAGGGAGUCAGUACUCGAUGCCGGCGAAGUCAAGAACAGCAUCAGAAAGCUGGGACGAAUGCGGCGUAGAAGGAGGUGGAGGAACAAUGAGCUACGAGACCAUUUUGUCGGACUUCAAGAAGGAGAAUUCUUCAACCAGAAAAGGGAUUCAUUCGGCCGACGAUCAGAAAUCCGUCACCGGCCCCUGUGCCAACAACAACAUCACCGUUCUCCACAGUUCCCCCGGCGGCGGAGGAACAACAGCAGGGCUCUACAAAUCAAGCAGGGGACUGAACUUUGCAGGCUUCAAAUCGUCAUCGUCCUGCAACCGUUCCCGCGCAAUAGCAGACUUCGAAGCUCAGAAUCGAAAGAGCAAGAUUCAUUCCAACAUUGUAGUUCCAUUGACGGAUUCCCACGCUUCCGUCCAGUCUCAGCCGAGGAGCAAAGGAAUGAUGUCGUGGCUGUUUCCGAGGCUGAGGAAGAAGCCCACAAAGAACGCAGCUACUACUUCGCCGGUGAGAACAGAGUCCGAGGAGGCCUCGCAGGUAUUCGGAGAAUUGGGUUUGUUGUCGAUCGAGAAUCUGAGGAAGGAGUUGAAGGAAUCGAAUGAAACUAGGGACGCAGCAAUGACAGAAGUUGCGGAGACGAGAGCUUCGUUAGGCCCUUUGAGGCAAAAGAUCGAACACCUGGAGGGCUACUGCGAGGAGCUGAAGGCGGCUCUGAAAUCCGCCUCGAGAUCCAAAGGGCGAGCCAAAUCAAUCGAUGGGUACGCAGAAAACAACAACAACAACAACAACAACAGCUCGAGUCAUCAUCCAUCCAUUCUCCCAGUGACCGACGAAGCAAUGGUGGAAGGGUUCCUCCAAAUGGUGGCCGAAUCCAGACUGUCAGUGAAACAAUUCUGCAAAUCCCUAAUCACCCAAAUCGAAGACGCCGCCGAUUCCCCACUGAUCGAAACCAUCCUCUCCCUCAAUUCCAACCAUCCCAAGAAGAUCCUCCACCACCUGGAAUCCAUAAUCAACGACACGAUGCACCAGGACUUCGAGAACUCAGCCUUCCAGAAGAACGGCGCGCCGAAGCACUUGGACCCGCAGCAGGAUCGGCAGGCCCAGUUCCAAUCCUUCGUCUCGCUGCGGAACCUGAGUUGGAACGAAGUUCUGAGAAAAGGGACGAAGUAUUACAGCGAGGAGUUCAGCAAGUUCUGCGACCAGAGGAUGAGCUGCAUCAUCGCGGCGCUGAAUUGGACACGGCCGUGGCCGGAGCAGCUGCUGCAGGCGUUCUUCGUGGCGGCGAAGUGCGUGUGGCUGCUUCACCUGCUGGCGUUCUCGUUCGAUCCGGCGGCGAUCGGGAUCUUGAGGGUGGAGGAGGAAAGGGGGUUUGAUCCUAGGUACAUGGAAGAUGUUUCGAGGGAAAGGGCGGGAAAUGGUGGUGGUUCCUCGAGCAAGGUGGUUAAGGUUAUGGUGAUGCCUGGGUUUUAUGUCCAAGGGAGGGUUUUGAGGUGUAAGGUUUUGUGUAGGUACAAGGGUUCUUAUGGUCACUCUGGUGGUAACUUUUCUAGUUGAAAUCGUUGUGGAUUAACACCAAUUUGUGUUUGAUAUUUUCUUUGUAAAGAGAUGUUUCGUGUUAGAAAUUUUUAUGGCGAAUUUAUGAAUUUGUCAUUCUUUUAAUAUUGUGUGUUAUGUCUUAAUAUUUGAGUUGUGCAAAUAUAAAUGAUUAGCAUGAAUAACAAAAAGUUAGUAUUGGUGAAUUUGUUGCUAUCACUUGAAAACAAAUUAUAUUUCACUCGAAAUAUAUUACAAAUAUCUUCACAAUCUCUAUAAUAUGUAUUUACUAAGGAUGCUCGUACAUUAGUUAACAAUAAUCAUGUUAGUAAACUAGAAUGCAAAAUUGUUAUAUUUGGUUUUUUAGUGUCCUUGUGAUUUUCUUUAUUUUUUACAUGUUCUAGUCUUGGGGUGCAAUUCGAUUGGUUGAAGAUUAGUUAGAGCAUCUUCAUCAAUGCAAUUGCAAAAGAAAUUGCAUGUGUUUUUUUUAUGUCAACUCAAUUUUUUUGCAAUCCACAUCACAUUCAUUUCAUUCACCUACAUCAAUGCAAUUAACUUGCAAUUGCAAAUGUGAUUAAAUAUUAUGUUUAAAUUAUAGAUAAUUAAGUAAAAAAGAAAAUAAAAAAUCCCCAUUUUUGUAGGCUUUUUUGACUUGCAUAUGGAAUUGCAUUUGUUGCAAACUUGCAAAUAUACAAUUGGUAGUCACAUCACUGCAAUUGGUUUUGUAAUUGCAAACACCUAUGUCAUAUCAUUUUGUAAUUGAGAAUGCAAUACCAAUGUAGAUGUUGUUAGAGACUUUCUAGUGUUUAUAGAAGAGAUGCAUCAGCUUUUGGGUUAGCAGUUCGGCCCAUAACUUUUAGGCCUAAACGAGUUCUUGGAUCCAUGUCCAACAGAUUUAUAUUGGGCCAGAGAGAAAAUAAUAGGGAAACUCCGGCCCACUAAUAAUACGGCUAAGAAAUCCCAUAACGGUCAACGCUUCGCAGAUGUAGGAUUGAACAGCACAUCUUAUACUAUAUGAAGACAAUUGAAGUACCCACACAAUGAUAUUCUCUUUCCAUAAAUGUAUAUGUAUUUCUUCCUUUUGCCAAUCUUCCCCACUUCUAGAUUUCGAUUGUUGAUGGAUUCCUACAUUAAAUAAGUACGAAUACAUGAUGAUAUUGCCUUGUCAUGUGCUUGCCAUUUGCCUUCUUAAUUCACAUAUAUGCACAUUGAUUACGUCAAAACAUAAUAGGACAAACACACAUGAGAAUAUAACCAAAUGGGUGAUUAGCCACAUGAACACCCUAUAUAUCGAUACAAUCGGUAACAAAUUUAUUAUAUUCUACCAACUUUGUCCACCAACUAGUGAUGAAAAUGGGACGGGCGGGUUACUCAAUAGUCAAUACACAUAUCUACCCUGUAACAAGCGCGAGACAAGUCGGAUAAUACCUGUGCGGGUAUGAGGCAUGGCGAUUCAUCCUCAUUUGCUAUUUACAAAAAGAACGUCGACAAUUAACUUUUUUACAAGUAGUCAUCAAAUUAAACUUCAUAAAUAAAUGAGAAAUAUAGUAGAAGAAAUUUUUGAGUCAUAGUAGUUGAAAGAUAGAGUAUUAAAAUUUCUUUGAGAUUAAAAUAUGAUUUUAUAAUUGUCAAAAGAUGAGACAUAUAUGUUGAUAUUGUUGCAAAUCAUGACAAAACAGGUAGAAAACAAAGAUGGACAUGUUAGAAGCAAUGCGUAAAUAGGUCGGGACAUGUUGUAUCACAACGGAUUAGGUCAGAAAUUACCAUCACUAUCGCCAACCAAUGUUUGAUGAAUGACACUAACCAAUAUUUGAAAAGAAAGGGAGUUAAUAGAAUAAAGUGAAUUUGUAUUG